AUGAUUAUUGUGACGGUGAAUGACCGCUUGGGCACCAAGGCGCAGAUUCCGUGCCUGGCGAGCGAUCCCGUUAAACUCUUCAAAGCUCAGGUCGCUGCUCGUAUCGGUCGCCAGACGCAUGAGAUCAUGUUGAAGCGACAGGGCGAGCGUCCGUUCAAGGACCAGUUGACCUUGGAGGACUAUGGUGUUAGCAACGGUGUGCAACUCGACUUGUAA